GACAAACCCGACGGUCCGGCCGAUAUCCGUCUCAACAGCCGACGCCUUCCCGACCUCCUCCCCGAUUUGGUUUCGAGUUGUCGAAAGUCCAGCGGGGCGUCGGCAGUCGGUGGGCUCGGUCCGCUGAUGGGUGACGUGGACUUCUGCCACCCGUCCGGCUAUUCGUCCCUGGGACAGUCGCAACCGCUCCUCGCCCAGGAUGGCCCAAAGAAAAGGGGGAGGAAACCAACCAAACCAAAACGCGAAGGCCCUCCUCGCCCCAGAGGUAGACCUCGAAUCCGCCCUCUCCCGGAGCCUUCCUACUGUCGGGGCCUGAUGGGAUCAGCCGCUGGGGAAAGUAGAAGGGGGCGCGGGAGGGGUCGAGGUCGGGGUAGGAGGGAGGAAGCGCUCGUGGAAAUGCACCAAGAUAUGAGCAAAGCGCACGACCUCCCCUAUCAGCAGCACCCGCAGCCACACUUCAGCCAAGAGCGGCACCUCCGACACAAUCCGCAUGAGCAUCACAGACCGCAGCUAGAUCACCACCAAAUAUCGCAACAGCAACAAGGACGUCUCUUGCAUCAUCCUGUGACCCCCUCCCACCACCAAAUGCAUCACCAACAACAGCAACACGGUUACCAACAACAUGUGCAGCGACCGGCUCAACAGCUGCAACAAGAUCCAGGCAGCCCCAUCAAGGUCACGCACACGCCGGUUUCUGCCGUGCCCCCGUCAGAAUCAUUGCUGAGGAGCGACUCACUGUCCGGCACGGAUCCAGCCCUGUCUGAUGGAUCCAUGGGGUCAGCGGCAUCGCUCGGCCCCAGCCCCGGGCCCAGUUCCAACAUGGACAUCGGCAGAAAGGAGCUCAACCAGACACAGGACAAAAUGCAUCAUGACAUUUCUGGAGAGAUGAUGUGGAAGAAAGAAAUGGAAGAUCCACUAAGCCCCGAAGCCUGGGGCGCUAUGCAGAAAAUCUCCACUUCUGUCGACGAGAAAGCCUUUGAUUUCAAAGCCGGUUUCAUGUCCUCUUUUUUGGACUUCCUGAAGACGGGCAAAAAACAGCCGGGGCUUGAGCCACUCGAGGACCGAUGUGACACCCACCCCUCUCUGAAAGGUGGCAUCAGACCCAUCACUCCCACGGCGCCACUCUCGCCGCCGCCGCCUCAACCUCAGCCCGCGGGGACGUUCGGCGAGGAGAGGGCGGGCCCGGGGGCGGACCUGGCUCUCAGUAGCUGCCCGAGUCCUUGCAAACCUCUGGACGAUGAGCUGAAAGGGAACCUGGAGGCCCUGCCCUCCUUCUCCUCCGAUGAGGAAGACUCGGUCAGUAAAAACCAGGACUUGCAGAAGAGCAUCUCGUCCGCCAUCUCGGCCCUCUACGACACGCCGCACCCUCUGGCCGCCGCCGUGGCCUGCGCCGUGGUCAAAGUGCCGUCGGCUCCCUCUCCCCCGAGCCCGCGGGAGCCCGCGCUCAGCCCCUUGCCUCCCGCCGUGCCCCCCCUCGUCCCCUCGACCGCCACGGCUCAAGGCGAAGUGGGGAUGCUCACCUACAGUCAGCUUCACGUUCCCGAUGAGAACUUUGUCGCCUCGCUGUCGGACAGAGAAGAGGAAGAAGAGGGCCAAAGUCAGCCGAGAGGGGAACGCCGGGAGGAGGAGGAGCAAGAGGAGGGAGGGGGAGGAGUCGGAGGCAAAACGGCCACCGAGCGCGAAAUGAAGAGCGAGCCGCAGCAAGAGCGAGAGGUGACCAAAGCGGACGGACCGUGUGAAGGACGGACGUCGUCGGCGGCGGCUUCUCAAGUCGAAGAUUCCCCAGCAGGCGCUGCGCCGGCUCCGGCUCCGCCGUCGGCGUCACCCUCCGUUUCCCCGACACCACCCAGCUCGUCUUCGCCAUCGCCGCUCCCUCCCGCGCGCACGUCCGUCUCGGCAAGCUGGAUCCGGCAGGACGAAGAGGCGGAUCCCCCUUCGCCUCCCCGCAAACGGCAGCGGGUGCCCGACCAAGCGACGGCGGCGGCGACGGCGGGCACCUCCCCGCCCCCCUCCGCCUCCCCUCCCGCCAUCCCCUCGCCCCCUCUCUCCAACCUGGCCCAGAGCCACUCGGUGGCCCCUCCUUCCACAACGCCUCCGCCGUCGUGCUCCGACCAGGACCAGGAGCCCGAGGCCGGGCGGGCCUCCCCCUCCUCCCCCUCCUCGCCGUCAACCUCUUCCCCGUCCCCUCCUUGCUCGCCGCCGCCCUCGCCCCCGACCCCGGAGGAGGCGCCGGCAUCGCAGAGGCUCGCCGCCCUGCACCUGGCCAAGAAGCAGGCCGAUGCCGCCAUCGCGGGGCAGAGCGAGGAGGAGGACAGCGAGAGCGGAGGCGAGGGCAUCUUCCGCGAACGGGAUGAGUUUGUGAUCCGGACGGAGGACAUCGGGACGCUCAAGAUGGCUUUGCAGACGGGUCGGGAGCCGCCGCCGAUCUGGAGAGUGCAAAAAGCCCUGCUCCAGAAAUUCAGCCCUGAGAUCAAAGAUGGCCAAAGGCAGUUCUGUGCCACCAGCAAUUAUCUGGGUUACUUCGGCGAUGCCAAAAUGCGAUACCAGCGUUUGUACGUGAAGUUCCUGGAGAACGUCAACAAGAAAGACUACGUUCGAGUGUGUUCCAGAAAGCCGUGGCACAGAACCGCCCUGACUUUGCGGCGCCAGUCGCUACCAAAACAACUAGCCACCGCUCACAAUCCAACGCCGCCCGGGGUGGAGCGAGACGACGGGGACAAAGAGAAGGAGCCCAAGGAGAAGAAAGAGCGGGAUCGACGGGAGAAAGCGGAAAAGGGGCAAAAAGAACGCCAGCGGAAGGAAAAGGUGGAGAGAGAAAAAAGGGAGACGGAGAAACGGGAGAGGGAGCGCAGAGAAAGAUGCGGGAGAGAGCGGGAGACUGCGGAAAAAGGCCAACGAAAUGAGCCGAAGGACGGGGAGAAAGAACCAGACAAAACAGCCAGCCUCAAGGGGGAGCGUGAACGGAGCGACGACCGGCAGAGAGAAGCCGAGAGGGACCCCAAAGAGAGCGAGAAGAGGAGCGAAGAGGAACGCGACACGCCGGCCAACCAAAGGAAGCCGCGGGAGAGCCAAGGCGAGGUGCCCGAGAAACAGGAGAGGCCCAAGCCCGCGAAGGACGGGCUCGAGGAGAAAGAGAGGGCGGGGCCGCAAACGGGGGGCGCCGACGGGGGCCCACGCAAGGAAAGAGAAAAGGAGGCGGGCGGAUGCGCAGGAGCAAGGCACGUCCCGGAGGUCGGGAGAGGAGCGCUGCAGUGCGCGCGAGCCGCCCACAAGAAAAGAGGCGUUGAGAAGAAGACGACGCUGCGCUCCAGAGGCGCCGCGUCACCGGACCGGACGGAGCCUCCUUCCAAGAAGACCAAGAAGUGGACCGAGGAUUUGCCGUCCUCCUCAUCGGAAUCCGAUUCGUCACUCCCCAGCGAAGACGAAGGACCCCUGCGGCUUGGACUCAAUAGCCGAGCCAUGAGAGAGAUGUUUCGGAGCUACGUGGAGAUGUUGGUCAGCACGGCGCUGGACCCCGACAUGAUCCGAGCCCUGGAGGACACCGACGAUGAGUUGUACCUGCCGCCCAUGAGGAAGAUCGACAGUCUGCUGAACGAGCGCAAGAAAAGGUUGUUGAGGAGAGUCGGCAUGAGCGCUCAGCACCAGGAGGCUCUUCAGAUCUUUCCGAAAAUGACGGCGGACGCGCUGGAAUCGGGAACUGUCAAAGUUCGACUCAACGGGGAGGGUUACAACCGCAAAACUCUCAACCGCGGCAAGAGGAGCAUUCCUAAGCAACAAGAUCUGAAGCUCUCUCUUGAAACAUGCCGCGUCUACAGCCUCUAUCAUUCCCUUCACCACUACAAGUAUCACACCUUCCUGCAUUGCAAGAAGGAGACGGCCAGCAUCGAGCAGGCGGCGGACGACCCGGGCCAGGAGGAGGUGGUGCAGCAGUGCAUGGCCAACCACGGCUGGCUGGAGAGCCUCUUCGAUUCCUUCAUGGAGCUGCUCGGCCUCGGCGGCAAAGCCUGAAAAGACCAAAAAAGGGGGGACCUCCCUCCGUCCGGCCGCUCAACCCGCACGCCAGAGCAAAAUCCCUGGACGCAUCGAGGAAGGCGUUGUGGAUUGAUUUGAGGGACGUCUCGCUCCAAAUAUGUUGAUUUCAAGGAAAAUGACACCUUGUGAAUUUGCAAGUGAAUGUGAAGGAUGUGAGGGGAGCGACCAUCGCGUGGCCGGCACCCCCCGAACAGGAAUUCAGCAAGUGUGCACACACGCUGUCGAUAGACGGUUGGCAUUCAUAACCCCGGUUUGGAUCAUUUAUACGACGGCAUUUGUGGAAGAAAAAAAAAAAGAAGCUCAUCCUAAAGGGAUUGAUGGCUGUAAAUCAUUUUGGGACCACGUGUAUGUUUUCAAAGGGGCAUCGAAAAAAUGGCCCACCUGUCAUGUUUGCUUCUCGCGGCUAAAACUCGCUUUCGGGUGACGAUGGAAUCGUUUCCCUCGUUUCGACCCGGCUCAGUCUGAAAGCGAUUGAGAUGAUUUAUUUUUGCUCUUCAAAAGACAACCGCAGAGAGGAUUUUACACGUGGAGAAACAAGAAGUCCAAAAAAAGCAAACUUUCUUCAAGGAAGCGUGACACGGAAUGAUCCAAACGCUCAAAUGUCCGUGUUUCAUGUGUGUCCCUUUUUAGCUGUCUGUUGUUGAGAUUUGCCAUCGUUUGACCUCUCGGAGGAGAUUAUUGCAGAGCAUAUUGUUAUGAGGUGUAAAUAGUGUACAGCUUCUUCAUUCUCAGCUUUCCAGUUCUUCUGUACAUGAAAUUCCUGUGUUUGACUCAAGUCAAUAAAAGCGUUCGAAUGACA